GUCCCCAUACUCCUACUACUUAAUCGUGAUCGAUCUUCAUUUUAUAAACCUCGUUUUGGUAUCUCAAUCUCCCUCUCACCCUCUGGUCCGUUCCUUCGCUCUGCUCUCAAUUCUAUCAUCUCAUCAGGUUCAGAUCAAGGCUUGGACAAAACCAUGGCUGAAAAGAAAGUCACAAAAAUGGUAAUCAAGGUUGACCUCGGAUGUGAGAAAUGCCACAAGAAAAUCAAGAAAGUACUGUGUAGAAUCCCUCAAAUUCAGGACCAGAUAUAUGACAAGAAGGCAGGCACAGUGACCAUCACUGUGUUAUGUUGCAGUCCUGAAAAGAUCAAGGAAAAGAUAAUCUGUGAGGGAGGUGAAGCUGUCAAGAGCAUUGAGAUCAAGGUUCCAGAGAAACCCAAAGCAGCACCAAAGAAACCCGAAGAACCACGGAAACAACCGGACUUGACACAGGGAGCAGAUGAUGGCAAUGGCAAUGACAAUCCCAAAGGACCACGCAAGCCGAAAAACCUUAUUGUUAAACCAUCAAAACAAAACGAACCAGAGAUGCUGAAAGUGGUUAAUGUUGAACCAGUAGACCCAAGGACAUGCUGUCCUGAAUGCUAUCGAGGGAUCAGUGGAGGUCCAUGUUAUCGUGACUAUGGUAGGCCGGCACCCCCAAGUUAUGAAAUUUAUGGAAGGCCAGUGCAUGAUAGUUGGGGUGGCAGCGGCGGCGGCUACCAUGCGUUCAGAUGUGAAUAUGUUUGUGAAGAUAAUCCCUCGUCAUGCACCAUCAUGUGAAAGCAUCAAGAAUGCCGAUAUCGCCUUAAGCCGAUUUCCACCAAAAAUUACUGGAUAUGGACAGUAGUAUCGUGUGGAUAUGAUCAAAUGAAACAAUAGCAUUAUUCAUGCUCAUGUCAUAACCUUGUCUUGCUACCUAGUUGUCUGUUGAAAUGCUGGGGUCAGCUUUGGCUGCAUUUUGGGUCUUCUUUCUUCGUUAUAAAGAUUUUAUGUGAUACAAUAAGGGUGGUGAUCUUGUGGGAACAAUAUUUUAUUACAAGAGAUGUGAAGAUUUUUAAUAAAUUAAUAUAAGGGAUUUUAAAGCUUCCAUAAGCAUUGCUAUUUGUAU